AUGAUCAGCAAAGAGCCGUUUUGUCUUUUCCAAAAUACUUAUAAUAUAAUAUCUUCAGAAAAUUGUGAAACUGAUUAUUCCUUUAUUAUCUCUUCAAAAGCAAUUGAAGAUGAUGAGUCUUCAUUUGAUUCUGACAAUGAAGAAGUCGAAGGAUGUCCUUUAGAGUUGAGCGGCACUUCCUUUUUCCAGAAGCACGCAGGGACCGAAUAUCUAGAUACUUUCAAAGCCAAUUUCGAAAAAGAUUCUUUUGGCGAAGAAACCGAUGGAGAGAGGUAUUUGAUGAUUUUCGGGUAUGCUUGUGAUCGCUGUCGUGAAAAGCAUCAAAGCUGCAACCACAAAACCCCAUGUUCGAGAUGCAUCAAGGCCAGCGUGGCCGAGCUUUGCCACUACACGCCUAAAAAAUCACGCUCAAAGUCGCAGCCAAGUGGCAUCCGGCGGAGCAUGUGUACAACAGAUUUAAUCUCCGCAUUUUCUGCGGAGACCUCAAAUUCCAAUAUUUUUGAUAUAAAUUCUUCACCUCCAUUUUCCAACGCCAAUGACUUUGAUAACCAUUCUCCAUUUCACACAGAGUUGCUAUCCGUUCCCCAUAUGCCUCCGACUGGCCAAGAUGGACAUUUUUCUGAAACUAUAUCCAAAUUUUCUCAUAAACAUUUUGCGCCUACUACUUUGCUGAUAUCGCCAAAUUCCCUCCAGCCUGCCUUUUAUCCGUUAAACCCGUGCCUUACCAUACCCGCAGAGGCAAAUUUAAUGCCCCAGGAUACAGCUGCAUUUAUUACCACGGCCCCACCUUUGUACCAAAUUGUUGAUCCGCUUACUAAGAAGACGUUUCUUUCUCCUUUCCCACUAUCUUUACCAAAUCCGGAGUACGUUCCCUAUUCUUCGAUGCCAACUUCGGUGCCUUUUUACAAUGAAAAGGAAAAUUUUAAAAGCACAGAUGUGUUCACAAGCUCUCCACAAAAAACUAAUAUUACCGCGCCUCCACAGCAAUACUUUUCCGUCCUCGGACACUCAAGAGAGAUAGAGUACGCUGGCAUAUUCCCUGCUAACACCAGGGCGAUGUCGGUUAUUGAAGGGGAAUACACAGCCAACUCCUUAAAUGUAUCUUUAUCUCAUCUUUCUAAUAAUAUUACAGCCCCACUAGGGGUUUCGAGAGGAAUUUUAGCGACUGGCAUGCUUGUGCAAGAAUUUUUAAAGGAUUCUUUUAAUUUGUCGAGAAAAAAGACUCCAGAUAAUUCAACUUUUGAACAAACAGCGGCAGCAGACAGAUGCUAUCAUGAUUUCAACUGUGCAGGUACUCGAUAUAGCAUUGACCAAACUGCAUCUGAAGCAGAGAAAGGGGCGAAUGUUGAAGGUACAACUGUUUCUCUUAGCUCAUAG